AUGACCAAAACACUUCCUUUCGGAGACAUCCAAGUCCCAUCGCCCGGCUUUGGCGCCAUGGGUCUCAGCUUUGGCUUGGGGAGCGAUCUGAGCCUUGAAGAGGCAGAACCCGUUCUCCUGAAGGCAAUUGAGCUGGGGUGCACAUUUUGGGAUACGGCGGUUGUUUACCAAGCCGGCGUGAAUGAGAAGCUCCUUGGAGACUUCAUCAGGAAGCAUGGUGUUCGCGACAAGGUUUUCAUUGCUUCGAAGUGUGGCAUCGCUGCGUUCGGAGACGGAUCUGUGACCAACUCUGCUGAGCACAUUAAAGAGUACAUUGAAGGUACUAUCGAAAGGCUUGGAUUCACACCUGAUCUAUACUAUCUUCAUCGAAUUGACCCGAAUACUCCCUUGGAGGAGUCAAUUUCUACACUAGACGAGAUUAGGAAGCAAGGCAAGACCAAGUACAUUGGUCUUUCCGAGUGCUCUGCGAAGACAUUGCGCAAGGCAAAUUCAAUCGCCAAGAUCGAUGCCGUUCAGGCAGAGUAUUCAGCUUUUGAGACCUUGCACGAAAGCGAUGGCUUGAUCGACACCGCAAAGGAACUGAAUGUGGCAUACGUGGCUUACAGCCCCCUAGGCCAUGGGUGGCUUGUGGAUGAUUUCCCUUACAAAACCCCGGAUGACUUUGCACCGAACGACUUCCGUCGAAAGAUCCCCAAAUUCCAAGGCGAGAAUUUCUACAAGAACCGAAACAUUGUAGAUGAGAUAAAGAAGCUUGCUGAGAAAAAGGGCUGUACCUUGUCUCAGAUCGCUCUGGCUUGGGUCGCUGCGCAGGGCAUGAUUGCUAUUCCAGGCACGACCAAGGCUCGCCGGUUGGAGAACAACUGGGCUUCGAGGGAUAUUGAUUUGACCGAAGAAGAGAAGAAAAGCCUGAGACAGAUUAUUGACUCUUCGAAGCCCCAUGGUAACAGAUAUGAACCUGACCAGCAGGCUCGGGUUGGGCAUUAG